CCCGCCCAUACAGGGUGCUGGGUCUUGAACUAUAUGUCAUUUUCAGUGCACAGACGUCUGCCUGUGACUCCCCAAGUGACAACGUGCCCCAGCAGCACUCGGCAGUGCCUUUGUUUUCUUGCUCUACCUGCCAGCACCGGGUUUAUGACUCAAGAGAGGUUCCUGAAAAGUGAUGUGUAAAUGGAAUAUGGGAAAGAGUUAUUCAAGUCCACAAAACAGCCAAAUGACUCAAGACCUAGAUCUGUAUUCUCCUUGACCUUGCCCCCCACUCAACUAGCCGCCCCCCACCCCAGCCAAACGAGAGACCCCAGGAAAAACCAGGGGGCAAGGACAGCUAAAGAGAAGGUGAGUAGAAGGAAGGAACAGGGUGGCUGAAUAGUUAAGGGCUAGUCCUUGUCGUCUGGCUCUGCUAGGUGCCGAAUGUCGGGAGGGCAAGCUGACUGCAUGGGGAGCACUGGCCAGCGCCUCACCCUGUGCUUUGUACCCAACGGCAGCUGAGGCCGGGGCGGUGGGAGGGCUCGCGCUUUCCUUUCACUUUCUCAGGUCGCCAAGCCCGACACCUGGGGACCGAGCACCAGCUCCCACCACUCUGGCCCGGCCCGGCGGGAGAAAGAAAGGCGCGGAGGGCCAGGAAGGAAAACUAGGAGAAUAAAAUAAACAUUACCUGCCAGCAGAGGUGAGAGAGCGAGCCAGAAAACCAAAAAAUAAAACUGGAAGAAAUGGAGGAGGGUGUCAUAAGGCAGGAGCAACGUGAAGCAUGUCAAAUUUAAUCACCGAAUGGGAUAAGUUUUCAUGUAUUUUUAUGAAACAUUGGAUGAGGAGACCCAACACAACAUCAUGUGAAGAACGGUUGAAAGGCCCAGGGAUAUUUGCCUUGAGGGGAUAUGUUUGCUGCCUCAGAUUUCUGAUGGGCUGUCAUGUGGAAUCAGAAUCUGCCAAGUCCUGGCACAGCCCGGGGGCAACAGAUGGAAACCACAGGGAGAUAGAGUUCAACCCCAUGUCCAUUCUAGGUGGCAAGGAGCCAUGCAAUUCUCCAGCUCAUCCAGGGCAGCAGAUGAGAAUUUUGACUAUUUGUUCAAGAUUAUCCUCAUUGGGGAUUCCAAUGUGGGGAAGACGUGUGUGGUACAGCAUUUCAAAUCUGGGGUCUACACAGAGACACAGCAGAACACGAUUGGGGUGGACUUCACUGUGCGCUCCCUUGAGAUCGAUGGCAAGAAAGUGAAGAUGCAAGUGUGGGACACGGCGGGCCAGGAGCGGUUCCGGACCAUCACUCAGAGCUACUACCGCAGUGCCCACGCUGCCAUCAUUGCCUACGACCUCACCCGACGGUCCACCUUCGAGUCUGUUCCUCACUGGAUCCACGAGAUAGAAAAAUACGGAGCGGCGAACUUGGUCAUUAUGCUGAUUGGGAACAAAUGUGACCUGUGGGAAAAACGGAAUGUCCUGUUUGAGGAUGCCUGCACACUGGCUGAGAAGCAUGGCCUCCUUGCUGUUUUAGAAACAUCUGCCAAGGAGUCUAAGAACAUAGACGAGGUCUUCAUGCUGAUGGCCAGGGAGCUGAUCACCCGCAACAGCCUGCACUUAUUUGGGGAGAGCACGCUGAACAGCCUGGCCCCGGAUUCUAGGCCGGUCCUUGUGGCCCAGGGUCCGAAGGAGAAGACCCACUGCAUGUGCUGAAGACAUUCACGAGGCCAGUUGCAGCCACCGGAUGCCACGUCUGAUGCUGAAGGUAGCGGGAUACCCGGUUGUCUGCCACGUAGCAUCUCAGACCAAAGGACAGACUUGCCGCUGGUCCUUAACCCUUCCCUCCAGGAUGGGGAGCACUUUGCCUGGAUUCACACCAGAGGCCAGGCCUGCUGACCCUGAGUAAAGCCACACCACUGUUUCUCUUGGUUCCACUUCAGACUUGAGGCACAGGGGUAGGAGGACAAGGUCUGCUCUUCUUUACCCUUCCAUUUGGUCUCCCCAACCCUUCCAACCAGCUUCUACUGAAUUUUGCUUCUCGCUUGAAGAAGAGGGUAGUGAAAAAAGAAUAAAGGAGGGAUAUCAAGAGAGGGGAGAGGAUGUUUAGAACAUUCCAGAGCUGUUUAAAACAGCUCAGGUGUGUGUGGGGGGGGGUUGCAGAAAGAAAAAAAGCCUGCAGUGAUAAACCAGAACGCUGUUAACUUUUGCUUCCUGACGUUCACACCUCAGGUCUUUAGUUUGGGGAGCAAACCCUUUGACAUCAAGACCAUAAAUACUGUCUUGCCAAAUGGUCAAGAGCCAUGUGAUGGAGACAGAAUUGGAUCUCACUCUAUCCUAGCAGGGCUGAUGUGACCACCUUCCUAGAAUGUGGGAGAUGCUGACAAUUUCCUUCUAAAAUACCAGAUUAUCUGCUGGAUAAAAACUCGCUUGUGAAUUGAAAUUCAGUUGGCUCACAGAUGAAUGUCAAGCCAAUAUUGACCUUGCUGUGUGGCCCCCAUGUGUGCCGUGUACCUUCCAGAACCUGUCGAUAAUAAACAUUGUUUUUUCAAAGUU